UCGGCGGAAGCUGCCGGGGCUCGUGAAAGCCGCUAUUCCCAACCCUCGUUCUCAAUAAAUCUGUCAGGAGUCGGGAAAAUCAACUUUUUUCCCCCAUUUUUUUGCUAGUCGCAAUCAAUCCAGUGUUUUGAGUCGUGUAGUGAGGGCCAUUAUGGGGAAGAACUGGGCCCGGGCUAGCGUGGGCCUAAGUUAAAAUGGAGGUGGCGGCUUUUGUCAGUGUUUUCACGGAUUCGUGCGUCCGCAUUGCUUAAUUUAGUAAUUGUAUCGCCGAUCGGGAUGAAUAAUCAUAUUGGAAUGGACAUCGCAAGUCUACUCGAGGUGCAGGUCAAUGAGGAACCGCUUCCAGAAGUCGAUUCGGGAGAUGGAAAGAAUGAGGCGAAGCUGUUCAGGGCUUCGGAGACUGUUACUCCGGAGGAGAAACACUUUCGGAAACUUAUGUUUGGGCAAGACAUUGCUAAAGUGCGAUUUCGUAAGCUCCACUGCACCUCGUGUGACACUCACAUCGGUUCAGCUCCUGCUGAGGCCUACAACAUGCAGGAGCACCCUGUCCUCAAGGUACUCCUGUGCGCAGCCUGUCGUGAGUUCUAUGGAGAUGGGACCUUCGAGCAAGGUGACGAUGCCACUGACAUGUUCUGCCGUUGGUGCGCCAAUGGUGGUAAUCUGUACUGCUGCUCCUACUGCAGCAACACCUUCUGCCAGAAGUGUAUCAGAAUAAAUUUUGAUGCUGUUGUGCGAAAGCAGAUUGAGGCUGAUGAGAAGUGGAAGUGCUUCGUGUGCCAUCCAGCUCCACUUUACUCGCACAGGGCUGUCUGCUGGGCUCUCCUCCAGCACGUCAAAACACUCUCAAGGAUAUUAACAGCCGAUCGUGUGAUGACGCCAAAGGAGAUCCUCUCAAAGAUGGAGCUGGACGACGCCCAGUGCUGUCCAGGUCGCAAAGCCAAGCGAAAACGCCGGCCUUCCCUCUCAAGUUCUGACGACGAGUCUGUGACAUCGAAGACCUCGAGGACGUCCUCCCGAACGCGAAAAAGAUCCGUGAAGCGUCGACGAGCGACAUCCCGAGACUCAGCAGAUACCCCAAACGGUCGUUACGUCCCAAUAGCCCCCCGAAAGAUCGAGGACGACGACAUAACGCGCCUGCUGAACCCCGAGCAGACGAUGGUUGAAGGUGACACCGAGUCAGUGAUUCUCCCAGGCAACCCUCGUCUCCCAGCGCUGCAGCCCAUAACGACCCAGACCCUGGUGCGACCUCCAGUGCCACGAGGUGGAAGAAUGAUUCCAGUGCGCCCCCUCCGAAGGAUCGACUCACUGCCUCCAGGGGCCACUCCCCAGCUGAUCACACGACUCCCUGGUUUCCGGGCGUCAACGCCAAUGGUGACGAUCCCCACACGUCCAGUGCUGAUAACAGCAAGCCCUGGAGCCUCUGGAGGACAGGGACCACGAGUUCGCUCGUACCCCAACAUAAGAAUAGACAAAAACGACCCUAAACUCAAGGGAAAGGCCCCCCCAAGUGUCAUAGACAUAGAGAGUGACUCGGAGGACGAUCCAGUGGUUCAAACCCCAAGUGUCCAGGCUACAAAGAGCUCUGAGAAGAAAUCCGAAGAGUCAGAGGGUGCCUCUGGCCAAUCAGAGGCUCCAGACGUGACAUAUCCAAGACUAACAGUCCGAAGAUUCGACCAGACAAUUAGCAAUCCCAUGAGGGCUGUCGACGACAUCCUGAAGAAGCUGAGGAAGCGGCUGAAGCAGGAAAUGAGCGGUUUCGAGGCUCCCCAGGGGACUGACAUAAACUCAGCGAAAAUGAAGCUCAAAAUCAUCAACAGGAACAUCAGUAAAGUUGUCUCGGAGCUUGCUGGCUUCAACAACACCAUGGUCAGGCAGUACAAGCCCUGGAAGACGUCCUGCAUCACUGGGACACCUGUGGAGGAUUCCACUGGAAAAAUUCGGUUGAGAAAGGGCGAGGCCAGUCACAAGAUCAUACCACUGGAGAUGGAGUGCGAGAGGGACUCUGAGUCUGAGGCUGACGAGGAGGACGAGGAGGUGGAGGAGCACAACUCCAUCGAUUUUUCGAAUAAACUCGUUGAGUUCAGGGAGAAGGAGACUGUGGAUCAAGGUUGCACUGCCAGGGCUGAGACUGAGGACAAGGGGAUUCAGGUUUACGAUGAAAUUGUUGUUGAUUACGACAGGACUGUUGGGUACUCGCUGCUCAUGAGGGCUGAUUACGAUGGGGAUAAGGAGGUGGAGAUGCUCAAGCCUGUUGUUGUGCAGGAUGAUUACUUUGGGAAGUACGAAGAGCAGUUUAUUUUCUAUCUGCAGGGGCUCGAGGAGGGCAACGACGAGGAGAAGGAGAAUGCUAGUCCUGAGAAGUCGUUGAAUGAGAUCAUUGAGGAGGAGCUGGGGUUGCAAAAGGGGAGAAAGACUCCUGGUGACGUUGAUGAGGAGGAAGUCACUCCAGAUGUGGAGGAUGUUUUAAAUGAGGAGAUGGGGAGUGAGAGUAAUGAUAUUGGGGAUGAUGAGACGAUGGAGAAUGGGGAGAUGAAGGAAGAUGAUGAGACUUCUGGAAAGGGAGAUGAACCGAUGGACGUUUCUAAUGGGAGUCUUGAGGAGUCAGCUAAGGCCAACGAUGUGGAGAAGCCUGAUGACGAAAAAAUUGAAGAGGAGAAAACUGAUGGGGGGAUUGACGCAGAUGGCAAUAACGAAAGUUGUAAUAAAGACCCUGAGAAGGGCCAGGCCAAGGCCCUGAGUCAGGAGGCCAGGAAAGAGGCGACUGUGAUUGCAGUGAGGGCUCUCAUCGAGGAUGAGGGUCGUGGAGACAAGGGGUUCAAGGAGAAUUGGAAAGGUGCUGAGGACGACGAUGAGUGCACCAUCCUGGAGUGAAUUUUCUCAUAAUCCAACUUUCCUUUUUUUUAUUGAGAAGAAACUGGAGAAAUGGGGAGUGAUUGAGGGGGAUUUUCAUUUGUGUAAGUGUUGCCUUUCAUAAAGUGCUCGAGACAAAAUAUCAUAGCUUUUAGAGAAAUCAUUGGAGAAUCGUCUGCAACUGUUUUUUCACUUUUAUAAAUUCCACUAUCUUCAGUUCGUAUUCAACAAUUUUUCGUCACGUUCGAUGAUGUCGUACAGAUUUAGUUUAAGUUUGUACAUAUGAUGAUAUUUUUCAUAUUAUUUGAUUUGGUGAGAUGGGGGGGGGGAAU